GCCGCGCGCCGCGCCCCCCGCUCACGGCACCUGGAGGCCGGGGGUAACACGGCUGGUCCGCUCCUCCGGGAAGGCGCGGCGCGGGUGGGGGUGUGUGGCGGGCUCGGGGGCGCAGGAGGGGCCUCCCGGCUCGCGGGGCCGCAGCCCUCGGUGCGCGUUCUCUCCUUCCGGGGAGACGCCCGGGGAGCCCGCACGCGCCAGGCGCCCAGCGGCCGCUCGGCCCAGAUGCGGGGCAGUCGCCGGGACGCGGGUGCCGAGCAGCAAACCAGACGGCAGGGCGCGGGGACCGGCGGCGGGCGGGCGGGGCGGAGGCCUACUAGGAACCUCGCGGGUGCGGCCGAGCGCGGUGGGCGGUGCAAGGGGCGGGCUCGCGUUCCGAAGGGCCGGCCUCGAGGGUGCCUGAGGCCGUGUGGGGUUUUCUGCCCACUUUGGGGAGUGGGCCUGGGAGACGAGGGAGGGUGAGGGUGGACGUUAGCAAAGCGGGCGGGACGCCCAGUCGCGGCUGUGAGAUGGUGGUGCAGGUGGGGUUGCAGAGUGGCAGGCAGCCUGGCAGGGGCUUGGAGAGGCAGCAAGGCUGGUGGGGACACCGGAGAGAACCUAGCUCUUUGCCUGCUGCCUGGGCGCUCCCGGGCAGGUCACUGGCUGGCAGCCACUGACCUGUCUAUCAGGUGCUGUGCGGCCCACUUAGCCUCAGGGCCCACUGGGGCACCUUGGAGGAGCUGCGACUGAGCGGGGAAGGGGAGCAGUCAGGUCUCCCUCCAGUCUUAGGGGACCCUGAGCCCAAGACGCACCAUCACCCAAGGGUCUUGCAGGCCACAGGGGGGUUCCGCAGGGGGCCUUGGACAGGGUCAGAUUAAGGAUGUAGGAAAGCUGAUGCCGAAGUGAGGAUGCUCCACUGGAAGGCUCUGUCCCGGGGAAGUAAGGGCAGGGACAGGGACCGCAGGGGACCCUGCCUGAUUGCUGUGAGCAGCGCCAUCAGCCACCAGUGCUGGGCCCUGAGUCCCAGGUCAGUCCAGGGUAGGGGUGCAGGGGAGUCUGUGGUGACAACAGAAGUCGGCUGCCCCCCACCUGGGCGCAGAACUGGGAGUCUCGCUGAGACCUUCUGUUUGCUUCCUUAUCUAGAAAAGUGGGCCUACCUGAGCCCCCUUGUAACUGCUCACCAUUUGGGGGCUACACCUGAGAGGUGGACAGGAGGGGGCCAGAGAGCCCUGCUCAAGGCCUGGUUAUUGGCGAGAAUUCCCACAGGAGCCCAUCACCCUGGCAGGUCAGAGGUCAGAGAUAUAUUGGGGCUGCACACUGGGUCCAAGGGAGCUACAUGGAGACCCCCCCUUCUCCUGGGUGUUGGGACUGUAGGGGGUGUCCGGGAAGUAGGCCAUACUGCCCAGCUCCUCGUGUGUGUUGGACAGCCCUGACUGGGGGUCUGCUGGCCAGGACCCGCACAUAUCACUGUGGGCCCCAGCCCUCCUGCCACCUCUGCCCCUCCCAGGCCUCGCCUCAGGAAGGGAAGGACGGUGCUGGUGCUGGGGUGGGCUGGGGCGGGCCUCAGAGGAAGGAGCCGCUUGACUCAGAGUUACAGGAAGAGUGGGGCAGGCGGGGCUGGCGGGGAGAACCAGCGACUGCCCGCCAGCCCGCCGGGGAGGAGGGUAGGUGCCUGGGUGGGGUUUAGGUUGAGGAGAGGAUGUGACUGCAGAGCCAGGAAGCUACGGGGAAAGUUCUGAUUAAAACACACAAACAAAAGCCAGGUCGUCGCUGUGCUUGGCGAUGCGUCCGGGGCAGCCGUGGUGCUUUGGACUGGGCUGGGGGCCCAGCCGAGCAAAGAGUUUGCUCCCAAGCACACGUCAAUGACCUCGGUGACGGACGUCCCCUCCUCAGGAGGAAAGAGCUGGAACCAGCCUCUGACCCGUCCUGGUGCCCUGACUGACCGGCCACAAGGAGAGAGAGUGAAUCUUGCCCAGCCCUUGGGGGAUCAGUCUGUUUGGCCAAGAAGCCCCGUGGAGCUGUGGGUGGCACCCGUGUCCAGCCUGCCUCGAGGAGGCUCCAGCCAGACUAUGGCAGGAGCCUGCGACAGGGCCCCUGAUUUCCUCUCCCCAUCUGGAAACCAGGUCCUGGGGCCUGCCCUGGGCAGUGUGGUCACUCUGAACUGCACGGCCUCGGUGGUCUCUGGGCCCCACUGCCCCCUGCCCUCGGUCCAGUGGCUGAAAGAUGGGCUGCUGCUGGGCAACCGAAGCCACUAUGACCUCCAUGAGGACUCCUGGGUCAAGGCCAACUGGUCAGAGGUGCUUGUGUCCAGUGUCCUGGGGAUUAACCUGACCACUGCUGAGGACUUCGGGACCUUCACCUGCACCAUCCAGAAUAUCAGCUCCCCUUCCUUCAUUCUUUGGAGAGCUGGCUUGGCCGGACAUCUGCCCGCGGUGCUGGCCUCACUCCUAGUCCUGCUGGUCCUGCUCCUGGCAGCACUGCUAUAUGUGAAGUGUCGACUAAAUGUACUGCUCUGGUACCAAGACACAUAUGGGGAGGUGGAGAUGAACGAUGGGAAGCUCUACGACGCCUACGUCUCCUACAGCGACAGCCCCGAGGACCGGAAGUUCGUGAACUUCAUCCUGAAGCCGCAGCUGGAGCGGCGUCGGGGUUACAAGCUCUUCCUGGACGACCGCGACCUCCUGCCCCGCGCGGGUACCGCGACGUCCCGCCCCGGUCGCGGCCGCAGGCACCUCCCCAUCUCGCCUCGGGUCCCACCCCUGUUCCGGCGCAGACCCCGUCUCCCCAGGGCCACGCCCCCUGGCCCGCCUCCGCCCCGGGUUACGGCCCCGCCCCUGUUCCGGCGCAGGCCCCGCCCCUCCGAGAGCUCCCUCCCUCCGCCCCGCCCCUGCCGACGCCGCUGUUCCCGCAGAGCCGUCCGCAGACCUUCUGGUGAACUUGAGCCGUUGUCGGCGCCUCGUCGUGGUGCUGUCCGACGCCUUCCUGGGCCGUGCCUGGUGCAGCCACAGCUUCCGGGAGGGCCUGUGCCGGCUGCUGGAGCUCACGCGCAGACCCAUCUUUAUCACCUUCGAGGGCCAGCGGCGCGACCCCGCGCACCCCGCGCUCCGCCUGCUGCGCCAGCACCGCCACCUGGUGACCUUGCUGCUCUGGAGGCCCGGUUCCGUGGUGCGGAAGGCGGGCCGGGGCCGCGGGGCGUGUGGGUGGCCGAGGAGGGGCAUCCGGGGCCAGCUGCCCGGAGGAGGGGGCUGUGGGGGGUCAGGGAGGCCGAGUUCUUUCCGUAUUGGCAGCCCCAUCCCUGUCAUUGUUCACACACGCUCGCUGCCCCACGUGGCCUCCAGACGCCUUCCUCCGACUUCUGGAAAGAGCUACAGUUGGCGCUGCCGCGGAAGGUGCAGUACAGGACGAUGGAGGGGGACCCCCAGACCCGGCUACAGGAUGACAAGGACCCCAUGCUGAUUGUGCGAGGCCGGGUCCCAGAGGGUCGGACCCUGGACCCGGAGCUGGACCCCGACCCCGAGGGGGACCUGGGUGUACGAGGGCCUGUCUUUGGGGAGCUGUCAGCUCCACCGCAUGCAAGCGGGGUCUCGCUUGGAGAGAGCCACAGCAGCGAAGUGGACGUGUCGGACCUCGGCUCCCGGAACUACAGUGCCCGCACGGACUUCUAUUGUCUGGUGUCGGAGGAUGACGUGUAGCUAUCCACCUGGAGCAGCAGGGUCCCCGGGACAGCUGGGGGCAGGGCUGGGGUGUUUUUUUCCCACUCAGCAGGACCAUGAGCCUUGUCUACUUGUGGCUCCAGAACCUCAGGGAAAGAGAGUGGCCCCAGCGACCCUCCUUGUGCCAGAAAUAAAGUCCUUUUGAAUCC